AUGGUUUUUGCCGGAAUUACCGCUGACGGCAAAACUCCGCUGAUUUUUGUGGAUCCUGAAGUCAAAGUGAACCAAGUAUACUACUGGGAGUAGAUUUUAAAGUUGAGGGUGUUGCCCUGAGCCAAUUCUCACUACGGAAACCGACCAUGGACCUUCCAGCAAGACGGCGCCCCGCUCAUCGUGCCAAAGGGACUCAAGAGUGGUAUCGCGCCAAUUUUCCGAGUUCAUCUCGGCUGCUGAUUGGCCUGCUUCCUUGCCCGACCUCAACCCGAUGGACUAUGCCGUGUGGAUAUAUCUGACCGAGAAGGUCUCUUCUAAGAACUACCCAAAUAUCAAAGCCCUGAAGACCGCGCUCAUCAAGAAAUGGGACGAAAUCGACGACGACUACCUUCGUGCCGUGAUCGAUGCAUAUCCGAAGAGACUGAAGGCCGUUAUCAAUGCUAAAGGAGGACGUUUUGAAAACUAUUCUUGA